AUGUCUACGCAGAGGAGUGGAAGGGGAGGCUCGCGUGACUCAUCCACUUGUUUAUUCAAACGCCUCGUUCUGGACGAACGUAUGUCUCACCCUUGGAAAUCACCCGUCGCUCCAUUGCCCCUUAACCCCGCACCCGCACAACACACAACGUCGCGACAUGGGGCGCUUCGUCCUCCAAUCUUCAACCCAUAUGAUAAGUUUUCGCGAUCACAAUUCGACUCGUGGAUUGGAGACAUCACUAGCGCGCUCAGAAAGGCACUCCGAAGAGAGGAAGAGCCCAACAAACUAAAAGGCGAUACGUCCCAAGUUAGCGACGCACCCUUGCGGGCUCGAGAAACCUCCGAGGAUGAGGUGAGUCUAUCAGAAGGACAAAAUGUGGGUGAGAGCACGGAAGAGGGUGGAGAGGAGUCCGACGAGGCUCUGGAAGACUCUUUCGCGCAUCUUCAGUCUCGAAACUCAAAGGGCAAAGCGAAAGAUACGAGCGAAGGACGCGGAUCCGGCAAAGGCGACAUCGACCAACCGAUUCAGAUACUCGACGAGUCUGAAGAAGAAGAAGAAGUGAACCAGGAGCACUCGGAUGAGGGAGCGCACCGUGACUCAUCAGAAGACUUCUCCGAUAGUGAUGAAGAGGAGGGAGAGGAACACCCAGAGAAUGUUGCGAGCACAAAGAAUGUCAUCGAACUCGUAUCAUCAGACGAGGAUGAUGAUGGUCAUGAUGAAGGUCAGGAGCACAAUGAGUCGGAUGAGUCGGAGGAAUUCGAUGCGCAGCAGAUGAUUUUCGACGCUCAACAAAAACAAGAUGAGGACGAGGACGAAGAAGUAGAAAGUGAGAUCGAUGAUCUCCCUCAUGCAGAGAGUGACGAUCAAGAUGACGAGGCAGAAGAAGAAUUUUUGCCAAUAUCCCCGACAAAGUUCACGGAGCCUGAAGUCGAGCUCCCGGAUCCAUGGGAAGGCCCACGCACUUAUGCAGAAGACUUCUAUGCCGGUGGGGAUCUUGUUGCCCCUGCCGCUGCAGGGCUCACCCCCAAUAACCUCACGCCACUGGACAUGACUCCCGCCGAAAGUCCUCGCGGAGACUUGGUUAUCUUUCCGGAUGCUGAUGAGGCCUUUACAAUCACGCCAGGCGUACUCUCACGAUCACCGUCUCCGGAAAUCAUUGAAGUAGACACAGAGGGGUUGCCAAAGUCCAGCCCUCCGCCUGCUUUAUCUGACGAGGAUGCGGAGAAUGGUGAUGAAGGGUUAAAUGAUGAGCACCUUGACAAUGAAGAUCUAUAUGGUGACCUUGCUAAUACUGUUCGUGGGUCAGCUCAAAGGGAAAAUCAGGAUGAUCGCGCUCGCGCGCUCGCUUUCGAUUGGAAUUGGCCACCUGCAUUUUCUGGACGCGUUGCCACCCGCCCUGGGCAUCUUGACAGUGAAGGCGUUCAAUAUGAGGAUGCCGAAGAUGCCAAUAGGGAUGAAGAUGACGACGAGGAUUCGUUCGGUGCGCUUCCCCUCGGUACAAGCGAUCUCGAUGUGCCUGAGAAGUGGGCCGCUGGUGCAGAUGAUGGUCAGAACGACGAUGAGAAAUUAGGUCAAGUCCAUGAAGGGCUGGACGAGGUGCACGAAGAGCAAGACGAGGUGUGGGGAGUCGAGCCGCCGAUGAUAGUCCUUUCCUCCGACGAGGACGAAAAAGAGGAUGAUCGCAUUCCGGAGAUGCACUCGAUGCCGGGCGGAGAAGACUCGCGACACGUAACACACCAUGUUCCCUCCGAUCCUGGCUUCGAUCCCUUGACCUUAGGCGACUUCGGUGUUGAUUUAGCAUAUGGCACUGCCGUGGCGGACGCCGAACUCACCUCCCAAACUGUCGAUAUGCCAGGUCAGCCCCAUGGAGAGGAGGGCUUCGGGGACGUCUUUGACUCCUCGUUCAUCAUCCCGGCCUCCGGUGCGAAUACGAUGCACGAGAGCGAUGUGUCGGAUGAACAAAUUGAGGCAUUUUUUGCGUCGCUUCAACGACAGACCGCAGCAGAGCCGGACAACUCUUCUGUCGUUCAAGAUGUUUUCUCAGAAGCAACCGAUCUUAAAGAAAUCGUCGGUGAUUCCUCCUCCAACGUCGUGGACAUCGAAGUUGCUGCUGAGGGCCAACUCAACGCCACAACCGGGAACCCGUCCAUCGAACUCUCCAAUGUGGCGGAAGAGAUCUUUGGGGCGGAUACCGCCUCUGGUAUUGUCGAAGAGAUCAACCCUGCUAUGGAAAUCGAUGUUUUUGCACAGUCGUCCGACGAAGGGACACUGCCUGCUGCACAGUCCUCCGCUCCUGAUAAGGUCUCAGUAUCUACCGUGGAGCGAGAGAUGACGGUCUAUGUGGUCGAAGAGCUAUCACCUGAAUCUGAGGCUCUGAGCCCAGGAAAAGAGGAUGAUCUCCCGGAUGUCAGGUCUGCUGCACCUAGCGAAGCUGGCGUUCCUGACUUCAAACUCUCAGAUUACUUGGUAGAAGAGGUCAGAACCGAAGGGAGGGUGACAGCUGAACCCGAGGCAGCGACAGACGAGACUGUACCUAGUGUUGUCCAGCUUGACAAUAUUUCUGAUGCACCUUCUGCUCGUUCACUGGCUGUGGACCUCGAGACCACCUUUGCUCAAGACAACGAUACGUCUCCAAUUCAACCGACGAUCGCACACGCACCCUCCCUCUCUACUUCACCACUGCGCUCAAGCUUUUCUGCUUUCAUUCCAGCACCUGUUUCGGCAGACCCGAAUGUCCCUGACCCCGCUAGUCGUCCGCAUUCCCCUCCACCGCCCUCGCCUUCUUCAUCGGCAGCUAAAGUCCAAGCUGCAACGCCAUUCGCAACUGCAGCAUCCGCGCUCCGUGCUCAGGACUUGGAAGACUCCGGAUUCUCUGCCAGAAGCCCUCGUGAAGGCCCCAGUGGGCUGUUUACUCCCGUCCCUGGAAGUUUGGGAGGAGGCACUCCUACACCUUCGGAUAGCAGCAUUGAUGCUUCCGAGGCACCACGACGGGAUGCCCAGUCUGUCACGCCCAAAGCAACUUCGAAUCUUAGCCUCGCUCCUGUUAUCAUCGCAGAUUACAUCGCUCAGGAGGACGCUAUUCUUGGGACAGGACCUAGCGAUCAAGUUCAGAGUCGCGAUUCCUCUGUUGGCGGCGCUACAGACAAUACCGCGCAGAACGGUGGCCCCCUUCUGGCUCUCUUCCAACAAUAUGUUGGCCGGAAUCUCUCUUUUGCGCCUAUCGCUGUUGCCGCGGGGGAGAAUGUGGUCCUUACAACGGAACCAAAUAAUCUAAUAACCGCGGUAGGCGAGCCUGACGCAGAGCAGGAUGCUGCAUCGGAGUCGACGGCACCACACAUACCACUUGAGGGCUCCCCCGAUGUAAAUGAGGAGGUCGCCGCUCUAUCUCCACCCGUCGAGGAGCAGGUCUCCGCCGCUGCUUCGGUUGUGGACACUAAGGCGAAAACGGCAUCCUCCGCCGAGGAUGAUCUGGGCCAACUGCAGCUGUCUUAUCCAGAAGGGUCUGUAUCUAGUGACGAGCAUGUCGGUGUUUCAGCUAGUGCCUCAGUCGAUAAUCCUCUCGACGCCAGUGAGGACCUCGAUGGCGAUACUGACGGCGAUGGCGACCUCGACGCAGAUGCAGAUGGUGAGCUGGAUCCGGACUACUUCUCUGAUGCCGAGCAGGACCCUUUCUUGGUGCGAAGCAGCCAUCGCCCCAUUCAUGUUAAUGGUUUCGAACCUCCGUUGGAAAAGACUCACAUUGAACCUUCAAAGUCUGAGCUUCCUAGCACUCCCUUUGAAUUUAGCCAAGUUGACGAAGAGAAUAGCAGCGAGAGAACUGCGGACAGAACUCCAGAGCGCCCUAGCCCCGACACUGAGAUAGCCUCCUCCUCACAGGUGCAAACCGAGAAUGCCGAUUCCAGCAACGACGAACAAUCUAGUGUACCAUCUCCCACUGAGUCCAAACCCGCGUCCAGGAUGUUAAAAAGAAAAAGAGCAUUGCCUUCUCGCUCCAUCUCGCCGCGCAGAACGCGAUCACAGACGGCGAAUGUGACAAAGAAGCAGCCCAAGGGCCAGAGAGCCGCCAAGAACCUUGACAAGGGAAAAGGAAAGGCAAAGGCAGAGGCAGAGGAGCAGGCAGUGCCUGUUGAGGAGGAAAUUUCAACGAACGACGCUGUUAGCGACCAUGGAUCAACCAGCUCGGGCGCUAGUGCUGCGUCUCAGAUGCUGAUCGCUCCUGGAAUGCGCUCCCGUUCACAGUCUUCCGCGUCGGCCACUAGCUCUGCAAUUUUCCAGCCCAUUCCAUCUGGCCGACCGCAUAUACAACUUGUUCUCCCACCUCUCAUGCAUACUCACUCGCAUGGCUUCAUACACCACCAUCACGGGCGUGUCCCACCACUGCCGCCUCCUGCUGCGAAACCUGUGUCCUCCGUUCAACCGAAGACGCUCACGAAAUCUCGAUCUACAUCUGCCGAGUUUACUUCGCAGACGUCUCCAAGCCAAUUGCGCUCUCCCUCCAGACGUGCACCGCCAACUACGAGCUCUCCUGUCACUCGUUCCAACUGCCGGUUCCACAGAAUCAGUGUUCCUUCCCAGGAGGGCGGGUCUCGUUCCUACUUCAUCGUUCCAGGCUGUUCUCUUGGCGACGGGGAACUAAUGAAAGAUGAGGAGAUUGAUGAUCAUGGAUUUGCCACUCAGGAUGACCACGCGCGGAUGAUCGCUGACAUUGAGUCGUUGAAUCUCAACUCCUAUUUGGUUGGCAUCUUGCGCCAGUUGGUUGGUGUUGAUCUACUCCGUGAGCAAGAGGUGUUCUAUUUACCCAAUGCAGGGGAGGGUGUACACAAGCGAACCAAACGCAGGAAAUCUGCGGUUGAUGAGCUCAAGCGGCGUCAAUCCACAGCAUCUGCGAGCUAUCGUAUCCCUGGAUCCCCUAUCUCCCGCUCCACUACUCCCAUGCCCACCUCAUUACAGGAUUCGGCAUCUGCCGGCGUGAGCUCGGGACCGCAGAAAGGCUCCAGGCUGGGUGGCGGAUCUACGCUGUCAGGAGAUGAGAGCGAGUUAACGGACUACGAUGAGCAGGUUGAAGACGCCCCCAAGGCGAAGCGACGAAAACUCUCUCCUACAGAGUCUUCGGCCUCGUCGGCUGCCAUACCCUCAGCAUCAGCUCCCUUACCAUCGCGAUCAGCUUCCAUUGCCGAGGACGAUGCAAUCGCCAGUGCCAGCCAGCCUAUCGCCAUUAGGAAGAGCAAGCGAAGGCCCUUGCAUGCUGACGCCAUCGCCUACAAGCCAGAAAGGGAGGAUACAGAAGAGUCAGGAGAUGUUCAAAAUUCAAAAGCCAAACGCAAGAAGGACCAGCCUUCGAGAGUCGCGAAGCGGCGUCGGAUGGAUGAGAUCUCUGCGAGCGCACCCAGAGUCAAAAGGUCACGAGCUCGCAAAAGCACUUCUGUGGGAGACUAA